UGAAGGACAAAUCUUAAACAAAAUGGCGUUUGGAGGUUCAUCAAUUUACAAGGGAUCUGACCUGAUUCAUGACUACAGUUGUUCCAAGUGUGAGGAAAAUGACUUUAACACUGAAGCCCAGCACUUCUGUCCAGAGUGUGAACACUAUCUGUGUGACAAGUGUGUGAGGAUACAUGGGGAGUACUUCAAGAAGCAUGUUGUGUAUGGGCGUGGAGACAUUCAGAAGUGGGCGGGGUUCUCCAUGGACAGAUGUGACCAACAUGGCAACAAGCUGGAGGUCCACUGUGAUGAUCAUCAGGAACUGUGUUGCCAUGUCUGUGUGUCACUCAAUCACAGGCUUUGUAGCAGCAUUAGUCACUUGCCUGAACUGACCAGAGACUUCUUGAAAACAGCAGAGUUCAAGCAGCUGCCAUUUCUCAGGAACCUCCACGUGUUUGGAGCCACUGAAAGAGUGAUUUCCAAAGCAAAGAAGUUAGAUGGUGAUUAUGUGUACAAAGGUCAAGGGUCAAAGAAGUACAGUAUUAGAAUAAAGAAUGAUAAGGGUAUCUGCAAUAUUAAAGGUAUAUGUGAGCUGCCCAGUGGAGACCUUGUUAUUGCUGACUCGAAAAACUGGAGACUGAAGCUUCUGGACAUGAAGUGCAAGGUCACUGCUCACCUUGAUCUUCCUGCUACUACACUCCACUUGUGCCACACAACCGGCAGUGAAGUUGCUGUAGUUACUGAUAAAACACAUGCGAUCUACAUCAUAACAGUGACCAGAGGACAGUUACAAUUAUCGAGAAAGUUAUCUACAGAAGAUGAGUGUAACUCCAUUGCCCACCACCAGGGUCAGCUGUAUAUCUGCUCCGGCUAUGCCCUCUACCAGUGCACAAUGGAUGGACGGAUGGUAAAGGUUAUAGCAGAAGACAUGAGAGUAUGGUGGUGUGCUUUAAGUCCUGAUGGGGAGAGAAUCUAUAUAACAACAUUUAUUGACAAUCAAUUAAUUACCCUUGAUAAAAAUGGUCAAGUGUUAUCAAAUCUUGAAGUUCCUGAACUAGAAAAUCCCAGUGGAGUAUGUGUCAGCCCUAGUGGCCAUGUGUUUGUGUGUGGGUAUUGCUCUAACAAUGUGGUACAGGUGGACAGAGAGGGAAGACAGAAGCUAGCAACAGUGGCCAGAAAGGCUGAUGGAAUUGACCGCCCUACGUCAGUGUGGUUCAGUGAACACACCUCAAGUCUCUUUGUUGGGAAUGGUGCAUUGUUUAACCACAUGAACUUCAAACUGACGAUAUUCCGUAACAAGUACAUUCAUGGCCGUCUGGCGCGGGUCGCUGAAGCUGUUCUUGUCGCUGUCAUGUCCGGCACCAUCUCAUUUCUCAUCAUCCUCGUCUACAACGACUUCCAGCCAAUGGCAGCCGAGCCUAAAUUCUUCCCUGUACAGUUUUUCUGCCCAGACGGCCAUUACAGCUCGACGCCUGGCCUGUUUUUCCAGACUCCUGAGGUCGGAGCCAUCCAUCUUUUCCAUGAUGUUGAAGGUAUUACAUACAGUCCAGCAACGUUGGCCAUGUACUGUGUUGUGUUUUUCAUGCUGGCGUGUUGGACUUAUGGACUGGCGAUCCCGAGCGGGUUGUUUAUCCCGAGUCUCCUCAUUUGGGCUGCCUUGGGUCGAUUGUUCGGGCAGUGUCUUCAGAUACUCUUCCCGCAUGCGGUUUGGCUAGACUCUGGGAAAUACGCGUUGAUUGGAGCUGCUGCACAGCUAGGAGGUAUAGUCCGGAUGACGAUAAGUCUGACUGUGAUAAUCAUCGAGGCGACGGGAAACAUCACGUUCGGUCUUCCAGUCAUGAUUCUGCUUAUGAUCGCAAAGUGGGUCGGAGAUUGCUUCAAUGAGGGCAUCUACGACUCCCAAAUCUUCCUUCAGGGUGUACCCACACUGGGCUGGGAGCCACCACUUAUGUCCGCCAAUAUAUUCGCAAGGGAGGUAAUGAGCCAUCCCACGAUUGUUUUCCGUACACAGGAGAAGGUUGGACGGAUUGUGGUAAUUCUGAAGAAGGAGGCACACAAUGGCUUCUCAGUCGUUGAGGAUUACGACCCAAACAGUGAUGUAGAAUAUACAUCUGAGGUUCAUGAGUACACUUACACAUUAUACGUGACUGCAGUUGAGAAUAGAUGA